UCAACAACUGUGCAUCUCUUGCUUUCGUCUAGUGCCGUGAUUCUGGUGUCUGGUGACUUAUCUCGCCCCUCCUUUUAUCACAGAGGAGAGAAAGACACAGGGAGGGAGGGAAAGAGAGAGGGAGGCUGCAGCCCACUACCACUAUAUCCCUGGAGGGCCCUUGCCUGCCUGCUUGCCUCCCCCUCCUGCUGCUCAGUACAGCUGUGGCUCAAUACCAGACCCUGACCAGCUGGGAACUCAACCCUGUGAGAGAACCAAGGAAAAAGCCACUGUGUGUCAAAGCUCCUCACCUCUCGCUGUUUGAACAACUCACUAACUUCAUCUAAACCUGCCAAUACCUCUUUGGUGGUACUAAGGAGACCGUGGCUUGAGCGUCCACUUAUGGCUGUGUCAGAGGGCACAGUUUCGAUGGUAGCAUCUUCGGCUGUGGUACUUCCUCUGCCCCUGGUGCUUGUCCUGCUCAGCCUGGCACCAGCGCCCACACUGGGGGGAUGCCCCUCGCCGUGCCGGUGCUCUUUCGUCAUGCUACAAUGCCUGGAGCCUGAUGCUAUCACCAGCAUCCCAGUGCUGUCAGCACAAGAGAGUGAGAACGUGACUGAGAUUUAUAUUGAAAACCAAAUGAGCCUGGAGAACAUUAGUGAAACGGACCUCGUUUUCUACAGAGAGCUGAAGAACCUGACGAUCACAGCAUGUAAGCUGAGGCUCAUCUCCACCAGGGCCUUCCAGUACAACCUCAAGCUCCAGUAUGUGAACUUGGCAUCAAACUCUCUGGAACACAUCAGCUGGAAGGUUUUUCAUUUCCUCCCUCUGCUCAACCUGGUUUUGAGAGAGAACCCUCUGGUGUGCUCGUGCGACCUGCACUGGCUGCAGCAAUGGCAGCGUCAUGAACACACAGAUGUCGACAACCACAUGUUGGAAUGUAUCUCCGGUGACCAGGGAAUACCCCUCAGCGCUUUGGUGCUAAAUAACUGCAGUCUGCCUGAAGUUACUAUUCUACCAUCCAACAAUAAGAUUCAGGAAGGAGGCAACCUGACAUUUGAGUGUCAUGUGACAGGAAGUCCCACUCCAGCGGUGAGAUGGAGAACUGAUCAACUUCACUCUCACUUCAUGAUCCAGGAGAGAGUCUGGGCUUCAACAAUAGAGCUGAUCCUUCACCUCACCAACGUUUCUGCCAAAGACAACCUGCACAAUCUGACUUGUGAGGCAGAGAACCAAGCUGGGCCCGGGGAGGAGAUGGUGCAAUUGGACAUUGAAUUUCCAGUCCACAUCCUCUUCCUGCGGGAUGCUGAGCCCCAGCACAACUGGUGUUUCCCCUUCGCUAUGGAUGGCAAUCCUGAGCCAAGCAUCACCUGGUUGUACAACGGAAAAGAACUCAAAGAGAAUGUCUACAUCUACACUCAGCUCUUCACACACACAAAUGAUGGCUCGGUCAAACAUGGCUGUCUCUUCCUCAACAAACCCACACACCUGAACAACGGCUGCUACACUCUCAUUGUGCAGAACAAAUUGGGAAGGGAUGAAGCCAACAUUACUGGAAACUUUAUGGACAACCCAUUUGACCCAUUUGAUCCUGAAGGGAUAAUACCAGUCAUUGAUGAUCCACUCAUUGAUGAUCCACAUCCCACCAACAAAUCACACAUGGCCAUCACAGAGAACAUGGAAAGUCGAGUGUUUGUGGUGUCGGUGGCUGUGGGUCUGGCUGUGUUUGCCUGUAUCUUCCUCCUCAUCAUGGUUGUGAUUAUUAACAAGUGCGGUCAGCAUUCCAAGUUUGGCAUUCAUCGAUCCUCAGUUUUAGGCACUGAGGACGACCUGGCCGUGUCACUUCGUUUCAUGAACUUUGGAAGCAGCCCACCCUCCUCAGACGAAGACUCUGGUUUAUCCAGUUUUGUAGAGAAUCCACAGUAUUUCUGUGGUAUAAUCAAGGACAAGGACAUGUGUGUCCAACAUAUUAAAAGGCAGGACAUUGUGUUGAAAUGGGAGCUGGGUGAAGGAGCCUUUGGCAAGGUCUACCUGGCAGAGUGUGCAAACCUCAGCCCCGACAGUGACAAGAUGCUGGUCGCCAUUAAGACUCUUAAGGACGCCAAUGAGUCAACCCGACAGGAACUUCCAGAGGGAGGCGGAGCUGCUGACAGUACUACAGCCCAGCAUAUUGUACGAUUCUACGGCGUGUGCACAGACGGAGAGCCUCUGGCCAUGGGUGUUUGAAUAAUGAGGCACGGAGACCUCAACCGCUUUCUUCGAGCUCAUGGUCCUGAUGCUUGUAUUCUGGAGGAGACAAAGAUCCCCCCACUGGGUCAACUCACACUUCCACAGAUGCUGCACAUUGCUGCCCAGAUUGCCUCAGGAAUGGUCUACCUGGCAUCGCUGCACUUCGUCCACCGUGACCUGGCAACACGCAACUGCCUAGUGGGUGAAGGUCUGGUAGUCAAAAUCGGUGACUUCGGCAUGUCUCGAGACAUCUACAGCACAGAUUACUAUCGGGUGGGAGGGCGUACGAUGCUGCCAAUCCGCUGGAUGCCCCCAGAGAGCAUUAUGUACAGAAAGUUUACCACGGAGAGUGACAUCUGGAGCUUUGGCGUGGUCCUCUGGGAGAUCUUCACCUACGGCAAGCAGCCCUGGUACCAACUGUCUAACAGUGAGGCCAUCGAGUGCAUUACUCAGGGUCGUGAGCUGGAGAGACCUCGCACUUGCCCAAAGGAGGUCUACCUGCUGAUGCAGGGUUGCUGGCAGCGAGAGCCACAGCAGAGGAUGGUCAUAAAGGACAUCCACAGCCGCCUGUUGGCUUUGGUCAAGAAUCCUCCAGUAUACCUCGACAUUCUGGGGUAGAUGGGACAGCUGGGGCUGGGGGAGGUCAGUGGUCGGGGUUUUCAUUUGUAACAAAAGUUGCUCCUUGGAUUCUGUUGCUCUUUGCUGAUGUUCUUAUGAAAUCAGAGUUGUUAUGGUUCUAGUUUAAAAGAAGGUCAUAUCCUUCUACACUCAGAUGAUUU